UGCUGCUUCUGCAGCCUGCGAGAGGGAGAGGGAUGAAUGUUGGAGGAGGAAUUCGGGCUUAACAAGUGAUCUCUGCUGUCUAGGAUUUUGUUUUUUUUUCUGGGGAAUCUCGACAUCCUUUCCCAGCCAAGUCUGUCUGUGCUGAACUCCUGAGGAUCCAGGAAUCUUGGGGUCCUCCCUGAGGCUGUCCCGAUCCCCUUCCCCAGGCUUCAGCAGCGAGGACUGUGUCCCUCUGGCCAGCCGACAGAACUUGUUCCGUGGAUAUUGUGGAGCCGCCACCUGCCACACCGGAGCGAUUCCUUCUACACCCAAGAUCUUUUCACCCCUCCUCCAGCUGUUGCAGGGAGAGGGGAAAUCAAAACCAACCGGGUGAUUUUUCUUUCUUUUUCUCUCUCUUUUUUCCCCCCUCACCCUGCCUGGAAACGGUAGAGUGCUUCUUCUGCAUGUUUUUAGCUGAAGGAUGCGGUACAUUUCCUUGCUUUCUAUGGAGACCUUAGAGCUGGGUUUGUCCCCGCUGACGCCUCAUCUCACAUCUUCUCUACCUCCCAAGGUCUUUGCCUCUGUUGAUAACUUGGCAUUGGCCCUGGGUCCAGGAAGCCUGUGAUGCACUUAAGCAGAGAGUCUGGAAUCAUCCUGACAGGCUUUGAUCGGCCAUGGCUGGAUAUGCUUCAAGUCACAUGUUAACAUGGGUCAAGCUGUCACAGAAAGGCAAGUGUCAAGACUAAAGGCUCAUUUGCAUUUUAUUUAAAUUUGAUGGACUGAGCUUUGGACCAUUUCUGGGCCAGAAACAUAGAUUCCAUAUUGCAGGGCCAACUGCUGGCUUUCAGGUACUUGUUGCCUUUGACUCUUGCAGCAUCCUCACCAAUCACACUCCGAAUGUAUUUCUAAAUUUGAGCAUCCACCCAAACGUAAGGGUUUGAGGGAUCCCACCGUUUUUCUGACCUAGGUUUGAGAGUGCUAGGUUGUUUAUCUAGACCAGUCAAGCACCAGACAGCAAUGUUGAAGCCCUGGGAAGCCAGAGCACCGGGUGUGCUGAUUUAAAAACAGAAAAUGCAAAGUCGGACUGAAAACAUCCUUAGUCUUCCAAGCAAUCUGCUUUGGGUUUCCAAACUUACCUUAAUUUGGUGAGAAAAGAAGCUGCCCUCUUUUUCUUUCUUCUUCUCAAACCGAACCAGCCAUUUCCUAACACCACCACCAUGGAGGUUGCAAUGGUGAGUGCCGAGAGCUCAGGGUGCAACAGUCACAUGCCUUAUGGUUACGCUGCCCAGGCCCGGGCCCGGGAGCGGGAGCGGUUGGCUCAUUCCAGGGCCGCAGCAGCGGCUGCUGUUGCCGCAGCCACAGCUGCCGUCGAAGGCAGUGGGGGUUCGGGAGGGGGCUCCCACCACCACCACCAGUCUCGCGGGGCCUGCACUUCUCACGAUCCCCAGAGCAGCCGAGGCAGUCGGAGGAAGAGGCGACAGCGGCCGGAGAAGAAGAAGGUCCACCACCGUCAGAGCAGCUUCCCUCAUUGUUCCGACCUGAUGCCCAGUGGUUCUGAGGAAAAGAUCCUGAGGGAGCUGAGUGAGGAAGAAGAGGAGGAGGAGGAGGAGGAGGAGGAGGAAGAGGAAGGGAGGUUCUACUACAGUGAAGAUGACCACGGUGAGGAGUGUUCCUACACUGACCUGCUGCCUCAAGAUGACGGGGGCGGAGGCGGCUACAGUUCAGUCCGCUACAGUGACUGCUGUGAACGUGUGGUGAUAAAUGUGUCAGGCCUCCGCUUUGAGACCCAGAUGAAAACUUUGGCCCAGUUUCCAGAGACCUUACUGGGGGACCCUGAGAAGAGGACUCAAUACUUUGACCCUUUGCGUAAUGAGUAUUUUUUUGACAGGAACCGGCCCAGCUUUGAUGCCAUCUUAUAUUAUUACCAGUCAGGAGGCCGCCUAAAGAGGCCGGUGAACGUACCUUUUGAUAUCUUCACAGAGGAGGUGAAGUUCUAUCAGUUGGGAGAGGAGGCACUGCUCAAAUUUCGGGAGGAUGAGGGCUUUGUGAGAGAGGAAGAGGACAGGGCCUUGCCAGAGAACGAAUUUAAGAAGCAAAUUUGGCUUCUCUUUGAGUAUCCAGAGAGCUCCAGUCCAGCCAGAGGCAUAGCCAUCGUCUCUGUCCUGGUCAUCUUGAUCUCCAUUGUCAUCUUCUGCCUAGAAACCUUGCCUGAGUUCAGGGACGACAGGGAUCUCAUCAUGGCAAUGAGUGCGGGUGGGCACAGCGGGUUGUUGAACGACACCUCAGUGCCCCACCUGGAGAGCUCAGGGCACACGAUAUUCAAUGAUCCUUUCUUCAUCGUGGAGACAGUCUGCAUCGUUUGGUUUUCCUUUGAGUUUGUGGUCCGCUGCUUUGCUUGUCCCAGCCAGGCACUUUUCUUCAAAAACAUCAUGAACAUCAUUGACAUUGUCUCCAUUUUGCCUUACUUCAUCACACUGGGCACUGAUCUAGCCCAGCAACAGGGGGGUGGCAACGGUCAGCAGCAGCAGGCCAUGUCCUUUGCCAUCCUGAGGAUCAUCCGUCUGGUCCGAGUAUUCCGGAUCUUCAAACUCUCCAGGCACUCCAAGGGCCUGCAGAUCCUGGGCCACACCCUCAGAGCCAGCAUGCGGGAACUGGGCCUUCUGAUCUUCUUCCUCUUCAUUGGGGUCAUCCUGUUUUCCAGUGCUGUGUAUUUUGCAGAGGCGGAUGAACCUACCACCCACUUCCAAAGCAUCCCAGAUGCAUUUUGGUGGGCUGUGGUGACCAUGACAACCGUGGGCUACGGGGACAUGAAGCCCAUCACUGUGGGGGGCAAGAUCGUGGGGUCCCUGUGUGCCAUUGCGGGUGUCUUAACCAUUGCUUUGCCAGUGCCAGUGAUUGUCUCUAACUUUAACUAUUUCUACCACAGAGAGACUGAAAAUGAGGAACAGACACAGCUGACACAGAAUGCAGUCAGUUGCCCAUACCUCCCUUCUAAUUUGCUGAAGAAGUUUCGGAGCUCUACUUCUUCUUCCCUGGGGGACAAGUCAGAGUAUCUAGAGAUGGAAGAAGGAGUUAAGGAAUCUCUCUGUGGGAAGGAGGAGAAGUGUGAGGGAAAGGGGGAUGACAGCGAGACAGAUAAAAACAAUUGUUCUAAUGUGAAGGCAGUGGAGACCGAUGUGUGAAGCUCAAUCUCCACUUGCCACUGCCCACCCCCGUACCCCAGCAUCUCCAAAUAUAUUUAUGCAUAGAGUGCAGUUAUGAAAUGAAAUAUGCAAUUGAAUCCAAUGCAUACAAUAGUACGCCAUUUACUGGUUAUACAUGACGUAAUUGUUACUAAACUUGUGUUGCAUAUCAAAUAAAUGAAACAUCUCGGAGAAGAGGGAGGCUUACAUAGGAGCAAAUCUAUAUUUUUACUAGAAUGCAAGAAUUUUGCACAUUAACUGGAAAGGUGGUUAAAAGUAAAGAUGGUUUCAUGGAGAGAAUGUGAACGUGUGUGUGCGUGUGUGUGUAUGUGUAAGUAAACUGUCAACAUUGUUGGUAUUUGUGCAGUGAUGGAAAAAGUUGGCAUUUUGAAGUAUUUACUAUGUAAGAACUAAUGAAUUUGAACAGUCAUUUAUCAGUGCUUUAAUAGCAUCUCAUGUCUUUGGAUUCUAUAGUUGUUUUUUAAACAUUGUAAGAAUUACUGUGUAGAAAAAAAAAGAAAGUGAAUUAUUUAAUAGAAUAUAGGUCACAAUUUUAUCUUGGAUUUAAUUAAAGUUUAUUUUUAACUGGAAAUUAACUUUUAAAGAGGCUGCAGGGGCCUUUAGAAAUUGAUUAUAUUUUAUUAUUAAUUUUGGGACGAUAUGACAGCAAAUGCCUAACAUUGUAGAAGAAACGAAAUGGUAUAAAAUGUAACAAGUUUUGUUCACAGAUAACAGGACUGGAUUUUUUUUUUCUUUGCACUACUUUAUAUGCUGGAGAUUGAGAGAGACUUCAUACUGUGAAUGUUUACUAAUGUAACAGUUCAAUGACAAUCAUUGGAAGAAUGAUUUCUUAGUCUUAUUUUAUUGUUCUCUUCUCUUUGUGUGAGACUAAUGGCCACUCAGAUAACAGCACAUGAUGCCCUCCUCUUUCACAAUAGAAAUAACUUAUCUGCAAAGGGACUAUGAAGUAAAAUUUAGGAACCAUCUUUUGGAAUUGGUCUGUUACAACGAUGCUUCUAAAAUCAUACUAUUUUAAAUAUUCUUCUGCCUUUUAAAUCCAGAAUAACUUAACCAAAGCUAAUGCAUGCACUGAAGAAUUCUUGAAGAAAUAAGAUGCCCAGCAGCUACAGUGAUUAUGGCUUAAGAGCUUUCUAUUAAAUGUGCGACACAAAUGCCAGAUUUAUUAAGUUCAUUUCUUUGUGCAGCUAUAUAAAGACAGAAUGUGGGGAAUUCACCUCAGAGUUUAGCAUUCUAUUGGCUAAAAUUGAUAUAAAGAAGAGUUGCAUCAAAACACUUGAUUUUGACAUCACCGCCAACAUUUUUAUGAAAGGAAUGUGUGCCACAUAUAAUAACUGCAUUACACUUAUAACAAAGAACUCUAAUGAGGUAACAACUAGUGAUGGGGCUUGCACUGUGAAGCCAUAUGAGAUAUAGAUGGGAAAACACUGAAUACAUAAGAGACUUCAUUCUUCAAUGUUUCUUCAAUGUCUAUUCUUUAUUAAGUGGCUGUCCUGAAGUCAAAGAAAAUUACAACCUCAGGUAUUUCAGUAUGUAAUAAACUCUGACAACUCUGAACUUAAAAGAGAGAGGAAGACUGAAAAUAGCUUUUCUUGGGCUUUUAAAUCCCAAGGCAUCACUUGAUAUAAAUGUGAAUUUUACCUUUAAUGAUAUUUGAAAUAAUAAUAAAAAAAAAUCCAGCGUUAGGAUUAAAAGCAAAGCCACACCCUUUCCCCCCUCUUUCUGGGAAAUGCCUUAAAAGAAAUGCCUCCCUAGAAGGCCAUUUGGAGAAGGAAAUGUAGUAAGUGAGGAGGGUGAUUGAAAGUUAGACCAGACAUCUCAGGUGGACAAAGCAAGUGUCAAAACAAGAAAAUGGCAUCUUGUAAUAAGACUUCAAAGAUGGCAUUUUAGCAUACAUUGGAUUGGGAGUUAAGGUGUAACAUGCAUUUGACUAUUAGUAACCAUUCAUUUAAAAGUCACUUAAUAUCUCUGUGCCCCAACAUCCUUAUUAGUGAAAAAGCACAUAUUUUUAAAAGCACGUGUUACAUCACAGAGUUGUUAUGAAAAGCAAGUGAAAACUUUAUAACACCAAGUUCAAUACAAUGCCUGAUGUAUCUAAAUUGCUUAAUCUUCCUUUGGGAGAAAAAGAGACUUAGACCUGUAAAUUGCAUUUGCUUUAUUAUGAUAUUGUGAAGAUUAAGAAAUUGAUUUGCCUAUCCCUGAAUAAUUGCUGGGCUUUCUUCUUUUGGAGGAAGUUCCUGGUCAUUCAUGGUAAAAAGGUGACUCUGAUCAGAGUAUACCAUAUGUCAUUUGCUGUGCCCAGCUAGGCUAAAUUGUGUUUUAAAACUGUAUAAAUGUUCUCCAGCACUAUUGAGCAUUCUAUAGUAGUAAUAAUUUGGCUAUGUUUGAAAUAAAUGUAUUUUAUUGUUUCUACAA